AUGGAGCUGAAAUCUUUCUCUUACAAUUCUAUGUCCACAUUUGAAAUUGCAAAAUCUUGUUCUACUUUCUUCUCCAAUUCUAGACACAAAUUUGGAGUUAGAUACUCUAAUGAAUUCAACUGCAACAGAGGGUUGUUUCUCAAGACUUAUAGUGCUUCAGAUGAGUCUUGUUUUGCAGCAGUAACAACAAGUUCUCAUAGUGUUGAUGGAAUUAAUGGCUCAACUCCAAGUUUGUAUUAUAGAAAUCUUUUACUUGGUGCUUUUGAUGAUGAGUAUGGAGGGGUUGUCAUUGAUCCAAAUAGGUUACCACAAGAUUCAUAUGCUUUUGCAUCUAUGCUUUGUUUGUCUCUUUCUCACUGGAAAAAACUGGGAAAGAAAGGAAUUUGGCUUAAAUUGCCUUUAGAGAAAUCUGAUCUUGUUCCGGUUGCUGUUAAGAUGUUGAAUGUAUAUCAGGAAGGGUUUGAAUACCAUCAUGCAGAACCGGGAUAUGUGAUGUUAACUUACUGGAUUCCUGAAGGACCUUGCAUGCUUCCAGCAAAUGCUUCGCAUCAAGUCGGAAUUGGAGGAUUUGUCAUCAAUGAUAACGAUGAAGUACUUGUGGUGCAAGAGAAACACUGUUCUCCUGCAACUCUUGGCCUUUGGAAAAUACCAACUGGUUUCAUUCAUGAGGCUGAGGAGAUAUAUACAGGAGCUGUAAGAGAAGUGAAAGAAGAAACUGGGAUUGAUACAGAUUUUAUUGAAGUCAUAGCAUUCAGGCAUGUACACAAUGUGGCCUUUGAGAAAUCAGAUUUGUUCUUCAUCUGCAUGCUAAGACCACUGUCAUCUAGUAUCACUGUGGAUGAUCAUGAAAUUGAAGCAGCAAAAUGGAUGCCACUGGUUGAGUUUGUAGAGCAACCACUAAUACAAGAAGAUUCCAUGUUCAAGAAGAUUGUAGAUAUCUUCAUUGCGCGUCUUGGGAAGCGCUAUUGCGGCCUGUCAACUCAUCAAGUAGUUUCCAAAUUUGAUGGCAAAAUUUCUUCUCUAUACUACAAUGUCAUUGACAAUGAUGAUGCAAACUGUGUUGGAAAAUAA